GUCAAUGUUAUAAGUUGUCUUGUUGUUGCUGCUACUACUUGUCAUUUGGAUUUUUUUUCUGUGAGAAUCUCUUUUUCCUUUUGUAUUUAUUGUUUUUUUGUGAUUCCUCAUCCGUAUAGAACAGAAGUGAUGUCAAUUUUCUGAGCGAAAACGCAAUAAAUUUUAUAGAAAAUUAUUUAAAAUUAUUAAGUAAAAUUGUUUAAAAUUAAUUGAAAAUUUUGUGUAUAUACAUUUGGAAAUAAAUGAAAAGAGAAAGUGGCUUUUAUAAAACGUUCAUUUGUUAGUCGAACCGUAAAUAGUUGUUUAAGGUGGUAUACUUUGCUGUAUGAUACAUGUCCAUCAACAUCAUCAUCAUCAUCGACAACUGGCUGGUUAUUUAGAGCUGCUUGCAAUAAUAAGAGAGAUUUUCGUUAUUUUAUGAAUAAUAUGCAAUGUUUCAAGAGUCAAACGUUGUCACCCAAUGCAGUCGAUUUAACACAAAAUGGAAAUGAAAUUUUAGGCAAAGAAACUCUAAACAACAACGAUAAUAUAGUCGUAGAUGAGGCAAAUCAAUGCAAUGGUCACUUAAAAGAUAAUAAAGAUGUUGCAGAAGCUUCUGGCUCUCAGCAGCCGCCCACACCAACAACCUUACCACCCUCACCCCCACCUAAUAUGAAACCUUUGUACCGUGAACUCUUAUUAGCCUGUCAAGAGCAAGCGGAGUUCUUUAAAGAUGAUGUCACCGAGCGUGGGCAACGUUUACAUGCUGCUUUGGUGGCUUGGCAGGAUUUCAUUUUACUUUCCCAUGAUUUGGUGCAACAGGUAGAAGCGUUUGCCUAUAAAUACGAUUUUGAUGAACAUACACCCGGCAAUGGUUACCGCAGUUUUAUUUCGGUUAAUGACUCUUGCAUAGAAUAUGGUUUGGGUAUUUGUAAAAAUCUCUUGGCUUCCCGUUCCACCAUGUUUUUUCGCAAGAAAUUCUAUAUGAAGGAGGUGGAGGCCUGUUCUCAGCUGUUGUCUUCUUUGUGCACUUGUCUCAAACAUUUGUUGAUAUUGCAUGACUGGUCCAAGGAUUCGGGUGACUUAUUUGCCUGUGGCAAACAUUCGGCCGAGGAGCUAUUCGAAAUGGGCGAGACCAUUAAUCAGUAUUGUUUUUAUGGCCGUUGUUUGGGUUUCCAAUAUGGCGACUCCAUACGUGGAGUUUUGCGUUUUAUCUCCAUUAGUAUGGCCGGGUUUUCGGAGACGUUUUAUGCUCCCGAUCAUGAUGGCGCCUUGUUGAAGACUACCCGCAGUGUUUGGACUAGCGGUAAAUAUUUGCUGAAUCCCGAGCUAAGGGCUCGUCGUAUAGUGAAUUUGUCACAAAAUGCCAAAAUCGAUUUUUGUAAAUCAUUUUGGUUUCUCUCCGAAUCGGAACUAAUGCAUAAAAUACCCAGUAUAGUGGGUAGUUCCAUAAAAAUUAAUCAAAUUAUUGAAAUACCCUCAGAGCCGUUGCAGUUUAAGGCACAAAAAUCCCCUAAACCAGAAGAAGAAAAAGACGUCAAAGAAGAGGAAAACCUUAAAGAACAUAAUGAAAAAGAAGAAUUUAUUGAUAUACCAGUGCCCAGUAGCCAUUUGGGUCCUGGUUUGUCCAUACAAGUGCGUUUACUUAGUUAUCAUCGCCGUGAGGGUAUGGUUGGUUUGGGUUCGCGUGGCUAUAGGGGAUGGCGUAAAUUGCCUGCACGCAGUCCCUGUCUAUUAUUUCACUGUCACGGUGGUGGUUUUGUGGCGCAAUCAUCGAAAUCUCACGAAUUAUAUCUACGAGACUGGGCAGUGGCCUUAGAUUGUCCCAUAUUAUCGGUGGACUAUAGUUUGGCUCCAGAGGCUCCAUUUCCGCGGGCCAUAGAAGAGGUUUUCUAUGCGUACUGUUGGAUGUUGAAAAAUUACUCAUACUUGGGCACUACUGCUGAACGUAUCGUAUUGGCUGGUGAUUCGGCAGGUGCCAAUCUUUGCAUAGCUUUAGCUCUCAAGUGUAUUGAACAGGGUGUGCGUGUGCCAGAUGGUUUAUUUUUGGCCUAUUGUCCCACUCUUAUAUCCUUUGUACCCAGUCCAGCUCGUUUGUUAUGCCUAAUGGAUCCUCUUUUGCCCUUCGGCUUUAUGAUGCGUUGCCUUAGAGCCUAUGCUGCCCCCAGUCCGGAGGUUUUAACUGAAAACUCUAAGAGUGAAGAAUUGAUAAAGGAAAUACGCAAGGCUUGUGAACAAGAGCCGCAUUAUAAACUGCAUUUGGAACAUCCAGAGAGUAAUAUGUCUUCUAGACGCACCUCAAAUGCCAAAAGUCCCCUAUCUUCUGCGGCCGAAAAUUCCAAAUGGGAACAGAUUAAGUGCCACAACACAGAUCAUCACGAGGGCAACUCUAAAAUUUCCCAGGGCAUUGAAAUGGCUGAGGAGGAAACCGAAGAUAGUUCAGAAAAUACUUUUGCCAGUGCCUCUUAUCACAGUCAAACUGUUGAACACACCGAUCUGCCCUCCAUAGAGGACGAUGACAAUAGCUCAUGUCUCUCCUUCGAAGAUGAUUCUCAGCCCAUAGAACAUUAUCCCGUGGUGCCGGCACAUAAAAAUUCCGAUUCUGAACAAUAUAUAGAUCGUUUUUUGGAUUCCUAUAUAGUGGAUGGCUCUACCGAAGAGGCUAAGGAGGCGAAUGAUGUAAACGGCGUGAAGAGUGGUUACGUUGCGGGUUCAGAAGACGAUUUACAAACUAUGCCGGCAAAAACUCUAAGCGAAGAGAAUCUUUUAGUUGAGGCCAGCAAAGAGGCUAUAGCUUUAGAAACUAUACAGGGCAGAUUUAAUAAUGCCGUUAACAGUAUUUCGAAUACCCUUAAUCGUUACACACAAUCGUAUGAGAUCAAAAGUGAUGGAGUUGAGGGUCAAAAGCCUUUACAAGAUUUACGUAAUAUGGAUGCACUGAUAGCACGUAGCCCUAGUGCAGAGUUUGCUUUUCAAAUACCUAAAGAUCCAUUUUUAUCGCCUUACUAUGCCAGUGACGAGUGGUUAAAACAAAUGCCGAAUACUAAGAUAUUGACUUUAGAAAUGGAUCCUUGUUUGGAUGAUUGUGUAAUGUUUGCCAAAAAAUUAAAAAGACUUAAUAGACCAGUUACUUUGGAUAUUUUAAAGGGAUUACCACAUGGUUUUCUAAAUUUUACAAUGCUCUCUAAUGAAGCCAUGGAAGGUUCCAAAAUUUGUAUUAAUCUAUUGAAACAACUUUUGGAAAUAGACACAACAAACCCCACAAAAAUCUCACCCACCACCACCACCAUCACUACCCCCACAACAGUCUCUAACGGUUCAACUAAGGAGUCCUUAACUAACUGUACAACAGAAAAUAAAUAAAAUUAGUUAUUGUUGCACUAAAUUAUAUAUUUAUUAAAGAAAAAAAAAACGCAAAAACUCAAUUUUAAACUACACGCGCUUUUUUGUAAUUUUAAACUUACACUUACACAA